CAGGCAGCGAGUGGGUGCUGCGCUAUGUGAACUAUUUGUCGAGUCUCGCAUUUCUGUGGUCGUGCCUUGUAUUUUAUUUAGUAGGGUUUUGUUUUCUCCCCCCACCCAGCCCGUCCUCCCACUCGGUGGUAAAGGAGCUCACCAUGCAGCAAGAUUUUAGGAGGAUUGCAGUAAAGAAGAGGGACAUGAACGUUUGUCUCCACAGACCGGAGACGCUGGAUCAAACGGUUGGAGAAACAACAGUUGCUUUUCGAUCAAGGAAAACAGCCAACAAUUUCAACCAUUCAAAGACUUCAGCAUCAGAGCAUAGGCCCAGCCUGCCAGAUAUUUCCAAUCCAGUUCAGCAAACCUUCAGGAGCAUAGCAGGAAACAAUGCUCAGGACAUAAAUGGGAAAAGUUCCCCAAGUACAUUCAUAUCACACACAACAAGCCCAAAGCCUCAAGUGCCUCGAAAACCUUUACACCUUCAGAGUUCAACAAAACAAACAAUCCAAACUCCUGAAAACAAGGCAUUACACAGUGCACAGACCAGGAUGGAGACCUUACCAUCCAACACGUGCAAGGAGAAAACUGGCAAGGUGUCUGACCUCAUAAAUCGGUUUCAAGGAGGCAGUCCAGCUAACGCUAAUGAUGAAAAAAAGGAUGCUCAAAGUGGGUCACACUCUCCCCGAAAUUCUGCAAGAACUUCGAUUCACUCUCAACCAAAAUUCCUGUCAGACCACCCUAUACUUCAGCGACAGAGGGCAGACACAGUGAAAUCAAAUCAUGUUGCAGAAUCUAGUCCAAAUACAGAGGUUCAGCCAGCCAAUGGACUCGUAGCACCACUUCCAACAGAUUGCCAAAACAACAGCAGUACUGAAGCCAACAUUUGUACAGCUGAUUCAAUGAUGGACAACAAGCAAUCAAACCAGAAACAAAAGACUGCUGCUUUGAAUCUAUUGCCAUCUACAGAUCUGUGCACAAGAGCAGUUGACCUCCAUGCAGUCCAGUGUCCACAUGGGAAACAUGUAGAGGAGUCACAGAGAGAAACACACAACAUUCUGGAAUCAAAGAGAAGUUGGAAUGGAGAAAUCCAAAAAAAGGAAAACGAAAAUGAAAUGCAUGCAGAAAAGAAGGAGACAAAUGAAGAGAAGCUGUAUAAGAUUGCUAAUGAGCUUCUGCUAACAGAAAAAGCUUAUGUCAGCAAACUUCAUCUCUUAGACCAGGUUUUCUGUGCUAAACUGCUAGAGGAAGCCAAUAGCAAGGGUUCCUUUCCUGCAGAGGUUGUCACCAAAAUCUUCUCCAACAUUUCAUCCAUUUACACCUUCCACACGCAGUUCUUGCUGCCAGAGCUGGAAACCCGCAUGAAUCUCUGGAAUACUACACCACAGAUAGGGGAUAUUUUGCAGAAGUUAGCCCCAUUUCUGAAGAUGUACGGAGAGUAUGUGAAAAACUUUGAAAAGGCCAUGGGGCUACUGAAAACGUGGAUGGGCAGAUCACCACAGUUCAAAGCCAUUGUCGAGGAAAUUCAGAAACAAGGGAUCUGUGGCUCCCUCACAAUCCAACAUCACAUGUUAGAACCUGUCCAACGAAUUCCUCGCUAUGAGCUGCUACUCAAAGAUUAUUUGAAGAAACUACCACAGGAUUCCUUAGACAGGAAAGAUGCAGAGAAGUCCCUUGAAAUUAUUUCCACUGCAGCCACCCACUCGAAUGCUGCAAUCCGUAUGAUGGAAAAGAUGAAGAAGUUGAUUGAUGUGUAUGAAAUGUUAGGAGGUGAAGAGGAGGAUAUUGUUAAUCCCUCAAAUGAACUAAUAAAAGAGGGACAAAUCCUUAAACUGGCUGCUCGCAACACUUCUUCGCAGGAAAGAUAUCUUUUCUUGUUAAACAAUAUGUUGCUGUACUGCGUUCCAAAAUUCAGUUUGGUGUUUACGCGAUAUUCUGUUCGAACGAAAAUUGGCAUUGAAGGCAUGAAGGUGAUUGAAACCCAUAACAAAGACUAUCCAAACACAUUCCAGGUCUCUGGAAAGGAACGAACACUAGAGUUGCAGGCUGGCUCUGACCAGGACAAAGAGGAAUGGAUAAAGGCUCUAAAGAGCACAAUACAAGAUUUUAAUCAGAAAAAUGAAACAUUCAGAUCUGCAAUAGCCAAGGAAGGAGACGACCAGGGUCCGGAGGUUUCGACUGCAGAACUGGGAAUGAGGGCACCGAAAUGGAUCCGUGACAAUGAAGUUACUUUAUGUAUGAAAUGUAAGGAACCCUUCAAUGCGCUGACCAGGCGAAGACAUCAUUGCCGUGCUUGUGGAUACGUUGUGUGCUGGAAGUGUUCUGAUUACAAAGCAAGCCUAGCAUAUGACAGCAACAAGCUCAACAAAGUGUGUAGAGACUGUUAUAUAAUCAUAACAGGAAAAACUGACAGUGAGGAGAAGGACGAUAAAAAAAAGAAAGGAAUUCUUGAGAUUGAGGCUGCUGAAGUCUCAGAAAAUUGCAUCAUCUGUGACUUUCUUCACUAUCUGGAGAAACCUACCAAACCUUGGCAGAAAGUGUGGUGUGUAGUGCCCAAGAAUGAGGGUUUGGUUCUUUACAUGUAUGGAGCACCCCAGGAUGUGAAGGCAUUGGCCACUAUUCCUCUUCUUGGCUACAUGAUAGAAGACAAUCCAAAGGGUGUUGAUAUGUCUCAUGUGUUUAGACUUAAACAGUCAAGAUUCAUCCAUACUUUUGCUGCAGACUCUAAUGAUCAGAAACAACAAUGGCUGAGAAUCAUCAACAUGGCUGUAAAGGGAGAAACACCCACUGACAAUGAAGAUCUUGGUAGUGAUGACUCCUCUACUUGCGGCGACUAAGCAACCAGUGUGAGGCAGACCAAGCUACCAACAGCUGACAUAGAGGGUCCAAAGAUGCUUGACGACAAUUUCUGAAGCAUGUGAAAUAGAUUAUAUACAAAAAGAAAUUAAAUCCAUUCCUUAAAAUGAAAUAUCUAUGUUCACUGUAUCUGUGGCCCUCUUAAUCCUGAACUAAAUCUGCAGCACUCACAAACCUACAUUUGUUCGGUCAUUAUCGAAACUAUUCACUUGAACACACCUCAAAUCUGGAAUCCCUAAAGACUGUCCAGCAUCAGCUUCUAAUUUUAAAAAAACUGGUCAAUUAAAGAAGAUUUAAAAUGUGGUGGUCUCGUUACAAAUUCCUUCUCCAUCUUUCUGGCUGCUGUUAGUUUAAGAACAAAAGUUAAAGUUGUAUAGAAGAUGUUUCUCAGUAAUCUGCAGGAUUGAUAUUUAUGAAAUCUGAAGUUGUGAUUUAUAUCCCAGAUAUUCUUGUCUCCUAGAAAAGCACCAACCUAAGUUCUUUAGAGACUGUUGUUUUUUGUGUUUAAUCAUAGGUUCUGUGAUCUUCUAAAAUAUAUUAACCUUGUGUUAUAACAUUGGCAAAGGUUUGAUGUAAUAUUGUUGUAUUUAUUAAAGCUGCAGUAUCCCUUUUUUCACCUAUGUAGCAGUUACAGGUAAACUUCAGAAUCAAAAAAAUUCAGUUAUUUGUGUGCAUGGGGUAGUUUAUUUAUUAGGAAAUACAGUAAAAGUUUAAACAUGAAAUGUAAAAUAAUCAAAGGAAGUGGACAGGAGCCACAAUAAAUGCUGUACUACAAGAUGGCAGAAUCAUAUAAAGAGUAGGUUAACCUCAUGAUUCCUGUACAACGAUUUAAACAAAGUGAGCCCCUGCCCUUGGCUGAGCCAAAUGGUGCCAAGUGAACUGUUAAUCAGUGAUUGGAUUCACAACCAAAAAGAAGCCGGUAACAUCUCGAUCUUUUUGAUUGAGUUUAGCAGUGCUAUUGCCGGUGUUCUAGGAGCUAGAUAAUCACUCAGCCUUUCAAACUGUAUAUGGCACGUGGAGACAUGAGGGUCACCUCAUAAAAUAAAAGGGAAAAAAAUCAUCUCCUAAAAUUGAAUAAAGAAAUCAUAAAUAAAUCUCAGAUGAGGUGCAAUAAUGUAUUUCUACACAGAUAUAGAUUCCAAUCUCUAUAAAGAAUAGAGAUGAAGAUAGAAAUCCAAUAACAGAAGAGGGUCAGAUAGUAUGACAAACAAUGACCCAAAUAAAUGUGAUGAAACAGUUUAAAACUCAUUGAUGUCUUUAAAUCUUUCCUAUCAAUUUAUGUAAAUAUGUACAAACUCUCAACUCUAUAAUUUCUCAGUGAAAUGGUGAUAUUACAUCACAGUUUUAAGCGUUUUUAUAUGAAACCAUAACACAAGAUUCUCCCUGGCUAUAAUGAAAGUUGAGAGCUGAAAAAAAUCUCUGGUUUUAAUGACAUUGCAAUGUGGGCUCAUGACAAACUAUUGGCCUUGAUUUGUAAUUUUCCUACUUCAAAUCAUUGUGGAAAAUUUGCCAGGACCACUACCCAAUCCACUGAACAGCAAAACGUUGUUGAGUGCGUGUGGCAAGAAUUGCAAACACAAGCUUGUGACUGAAAUUGCACUGCAUGAUUUAAUAACACAGCAUUGGGUUUGGUAAUGAUGUAGUAGGUUAGUGUCUGUCCCCUGUGCAAGUUACAAAUCCUAAAAGGAUCAGAAGAAGGGAUACUUCAACUUUAAUUCAAGUGUAGCAUUUGUAUUUGUGUGGAGCUGGAUUUUUAGGAAUCUGUUUUUCAUUUAAACAUUUUGAAUAUGCAACUAAAUGAAAUUCAAUGACCAAACUGGAUAUUCCUUCUGGAAUUUGUUACCAUUUUAUGCUGAUUUCAUGAGGCAGAGAUAUAAUGUGUAUUUUUACAAGGCAACAAUGCAACUUGAGUGCAAGUUGCAAUAUCAUGGGUGCAAAUUUCUUCCAUUUGAUGCUUAACAAAAUCCGAAUAUUUCUUAAGUUUAGAUUUUUCCUGCACAGCUCAAGGAAGAAUUCUGCUCCCCAAGUCAUGAAUAUAUCAAACAAAUGAAGUAAUUUGUAAAUGCUUUUUCUUGUUGAUGGUGCUUCAUUGAAGCAAUAUUUCAGCCCUAUGACACUGCCUUUACACAAAAAACCUGUGAGGAAGUUGUCAUGGUCUUCUGUUUCCCAUCACCAUUACAACCCCCCACAAUCAUCACCUGCUGUUUGGUGAAGGAAUUUCUAUCAUAAUUUCAUGUCUCAAUCUCACGUACUCAGCACCAUUUGGAGUCUUCUGUCUAUAUUUUGCACCACAAUUCACAACCCUCAGGAUUGUCUCCCUUAGUGAAAAGUUAGUCAAUACCAGUGCAGUGGAUCAUCAUUUAAGAAUGCUACCUGUCAGCCACGCAAUACCAGAUCCCAUUAUGUAGUGAGGUUUUAACACUCUAUUAAAUUCAGAUUUUAGUGUGAUUUCAUACAGUAAAUUGAACACUUUAAAUGUUGAUUUUCCUGCUGAUCACUUACACUAAUCACCAUCCUCAUUUACAGUGGAAUUAGAAAAUGCGAACAUGUCAUUUUCCCAGUUAUUCCACAUUGCCAAUUCUGUAGGUGAGUGCUAUGAAUUUUGAAACCCAUUUGCUCCACAUUGCAGGCAAUGCCUCUGUAAGGUUUAUGCAGUCACCAAUUUUCAGGAUCUGUUUUUGCAAACUUUUGUUUCAAAUGUUGUUCUGUGAACUUUGUUCUGCCACCUGGCCUGCAGCCUGCUUAAGUUGUAUUAGCAAUUGAACAUUUUAGCACACAUUGGCUGCAUCUUGAUACUACAUUUUCCAGCAUAGCUUAAAUUGAAAAUGAUUGCAGAGAUUUGUUAAUAUUAUCAAUCACUGGCACAAGAAAAUUAUGUAUAUACAUUUUGUCUUUAAAUUUCCAAUCAGUACAGUAUUAAAACUGAAUCAGUACAUGCACACUAUUUUACAGAAUUGUUUCAUAUUUCAAUUAUUCCUAAUGGUACUUUUAGUCACCUUGCAUGUUUUCUGUUACAUCCACGUCAAUGUAACCCAGAUAUUACUAUCAGUGGUAAUCCAUCAGCUAUCAUGAAGUGAUGGGAUCUAUUUUGUUCUUUUUCUCCCCUUUUGCUGAGAAAGCCUCAGACUUUUCCAAUGAUGAUCAAACUCACCUAAUCAAGGCCUUUUGAGUUUGAACAACAACUUACCUAUUGUUUGAACUGGCUGCCUCUAUCUUGGGAGUCAACUUCAACACUUGAAUCAUUGUGCUAGAGAAGAUUUUUAGAUCAACUCAAAAAUAAUUCAUGGCUGUGGACAUAAAAUGUACUGUUAUAAGGAUAUAUGCUUUCAGUCGUGACACUACGUAUGGUGCAAAUUUGAUAUUUGAAUGUUAAAAUUCAUAAAUGCUAAAUUAGAUGAUGGUAUGAAAAUUGGCUGUUUUGGCUACCCAGCAAAAUGAAACACAGAUGUUCAUUUAGUUUUAACCUGCUCCGUACAGAUACUCUAGAAAUGCAAAGAGAAAUUAUUAGAUCUUUAGUUUCCACAAUGCCAAUGAACUUUGCUUCAAAUGUUGAGGUUUUACAUACAAGGCAUUUGUUAAAAUAUGUACUGUUGUGCAAUGCCUACAAUGUGUGUAAAAUUUUAAGUAUUUUUCACAAACUACCUCCAAUACCAUGAACAACUGGAACUGUGUCCAAUUCUCUCAAACUGGGGUUUCAGAGUUUAAAAACAUUACAAAAAGUCUAUUAGCACAAUUGAGCAAUUCAUUUUUGGAACUGAACAAUUUGCUGCUCAUGCCUCCCCCAUCUGUCAACAGUCAUGUAUAUAUAAAUGAGACAAACUAAGCUUGUUCUUUGUGAAAUUCUGAUAUUGUUUUCCAAUUAUGUAUUUUUUUUUCAAUCAUUAGCUUAGAGUGCUUUCCUUGAGUUACUCGUUUAGUACUGAUUAUGAAAUGCAUUGCAAUCAAAUGUGUAUGAAGGUGGCUGUGUAAUUAAAAUGACUGGCUGUGCCACAAUAUUCAAAGAUG